AUGCCUUACAUGGACUGCCGAGUGUGCAGUAACUACUCCCAUUUCAGCAACCGCGAAGAUUUGUACCACUUUGAGGUGAUCGACAAGUUAUUCCGCGAAAACAAAUUCAGUCAAAUCCGAACUUACUUGAGCACUAAUACAUUUCCCUGCCACAUUUGGAAUAAGCUGCAAAAACUGUGGUACGAAUCGUUCUACCAAGAACUCCGGUCACACGGAAAAGAGUUGAAGGCUGUGGCAAAAUUCAGACUGAGAAAAAAGUACCCCCCACCCCGGACUGUGUGGAAUGGGGAAAAGUUGUCGUACAACUUGCCACAGAAAUCAAGGAAUUUCCUCGAGGCCUUUUUCCGAAAUAACGAAUUUGCAUCCACGGACGAGAAGGAGGAAAUGGCCAAGGCGAUGGGGAUGACCGAGUCGCAGGUCUCCAAUUGGUUCAAGAACAAAAGACAGAGGAAGAGGACGAAUGAGCGUAAAGGACCAAGUCCCAACCAGAAUGCCGGCCACAAUGCACGUUUCGAGGAGGAGAGGGAACAUGUUGAACACGACGUGUGUCAAAAUGACUUGGAUGGCUCUACAAUUAUCAAACGAGGGUGA